AUGUCUACAAAAACCACUGGGGAGGACCACCCGGUCGAUCCUUUACAACCUAAGCGCAUCACCACAGCUCCAGUGCUGCGAAUAAUCCCUCCUUUGAACUUCUGUCCGGUUGAAAAACAGCUCUACCGAUCCGGCCAGCCGCUGGUGAUAAACCAGUCUUUUUUACAAGAAUUGAACCUUAAAACCAUCAUUUGGCUUGCGAGUGAAGAGCCUGCUGAGGAGUUUUUGGACUACUGCUCCCGGCUGAACAUCAACAUUGAGUUUGUUGGUAUGAUUAACGAUUACAACUAUUCUAAUAUAAAUCCAUGGGACCUGUUGGAUGAAAGAACAAUUAAAAACGCUUUAGAGCUAAUGUGCAAUAAGGAUAACUAUCCGCUUCUAGUUUGUUGUGGCAUGGGACGCCACAGAACCGGUGCUGUCAUUGGGUGCUUGAGGAGACUACAGGGAUGGAACUUGGCAAGCGUGUCGGAAGAGUAUAGAAGGUUUGCGGGAGCAAGAGGUGGUAGAAUUUUGGUUGAGCUUCUAAUAGAGAGCUUUGAUGUUCUGACUGUGGAAGUGGAGCCGCUGAAGCUUCCUGAUUUCUUGAGGUAG